AUGCUGCUCAAAGCAAGUCAAGCAUUGCCGGAUAUUCCAGGUUUGAAAAUACUUUCUAUUACCGCAUUUUCACUUCAGGACUACCCAAUUACGGGCGUGCAGGUGAAUCCUAUACAGUCGCAGAAUGUGACUAUCAGCUUUUGGAAUGUCACCGUUACCUAUACACAUCCGGGCUGGGACGACCUGAUUCACGCGCACGUUUGGUUACCAUUGUCUGGAUGGAACAAUCGGCUCCAGGCAGUUGGAGGAGGAGGGUGGGCAGGGCUUGUGGACUAUGGCACGUUAGCUCUGCCUGUCUAUCAAGGAUUUGCAGCUGCCGGGUCUGACAUGGGCCACGACAGGAUUCCUUGGUCAGCAAAAUCAUGGGCUCUCGAAGAUGCCUCGGGCCACGUGAACUUCGCCCGACUGGCUGAUUUCUUCUCAACCUGUCUCUAUGAGCUGUCGCUUCUCGCCGAGUAUAUCAUACAAGAGUUCUAUGGAACACUACCUGCUUACUCUUACUGGAACGGCUGCUCGACUGGUGGGCGGCAGGGAUUGGAGAUCGCCCAACGAUGGCCCGAUGCAUUCGACGCAGUCACUUACUGCGAUGGUCAGGACGGUGUUGUGGAUGGAAUAAUUGCUCUGCCGUCGCUUUGCAACUUUAAUCCCCUUAUUCUCAUAGGCAUGGAGGUCUGGUGUGAAAGUAUCCCCAGUAUAAUUACUGCGGAAGUGGCAUUACUUGCAGUGUCAUACUGGGCAGGUCUAACUGCUAAAGAUGGGACCCCUUUGUGGUACGGUUUCAAUCAGGGUACGCCAUGGAACUAUACGAUCUGUACUGCUACCGAUGAUAUUGGGAAUCACCGAUGUCAUUCUUUGCCCGAUUACUUGAGCGUGGAUUGGCUGCAAUUUUUUGUUGCCCAAGAUCCCAAUAUCGACUUGGUUGACAUGGAUCAAGCUGAGUUUGAAAAGGUCCAACUGCGUGAUCCAUCAGUCCAGGAUUUUUAUCUCUAUUUUGAGGCGCCAGGAGUCGAACACUGUGGUAAUGGAAAGGGACCGGCUCCAACUCUUUUGAUGGAGUCAUUAAUGGCAUGGGUUGAAGAAGGCAUUGCUCCUGAUCAUCUGCAUUCUGUCUCUGAGAAUGGUGGGAUGUCAAGGAUCCUCUUAUGUAGGAGAGACCCUACAAUUGCUUCAUCAUUUGUCUGCCACUAG